AUGUCUUCAAUCGAAAACCUCAAGUCAUUUGAUCCUUUCGCCGAUACUGGUGACGACGAUACUCAGCCAACAAACUACAUCCAUAUCCGUAUCCAACAAAGAAACGGUCGUAAGACUUUGACAACAGUGCAAGGUCUUCCAGAUGAAUACGAUUUGAAGAAAAUUACCAAGGUUUUGAAGAAGGACUUUGCGUGUAACGGAAACAUAGUCAAGGAUGAAGAACUAGGACAAGUCAUCCAACUUCAGGGUGACCAGAGACUCAAGGUGAUGGAGUUUCUGACCUCCCAACUAGCCCUGCAGAAGAAGAACAUCAAGAUCCACGGUUUCUGA